AUGACGAUGAGAAUGGUAGAUGCGAAUAUUUAUAAUCAUUUCGUGCACUUGACCAUUGCCUCUUUACCAUUUGCACUACACAAUGCAAUCAAUACGGAAAAGUUGUUUAUUAUAUUCACAUAUGAGUGUGAGAGAGUGCAUGCCUACACGCCUUAUGCAUGUUGCAAGUGCAUUGCACUCGAAAUAUCUUCAUAUCAG